AUGUCGACGACUACUGUUAUACCGCAAGUUCAGCAGAAGAGAAAGAUGAUCAACACUCAAGAUUGUGGAUUCCAACAAGCACAAAAAGUAAAAAGAGUCAGAAUCAGGUACACACCUUAUCUUGAUCAACCACCAUUGAUUGAUUUCACCAAAAAUUUGAGUAGUUAUAAGGACAAACAAGAAUCAGUAGAGAAACCAUCUACAAUGAAAAUCAGGAUAAAGUAUAAUCCACCUACUGCUGUUCCACCAUUGAUGGUCCGUGAAGAAUUAAGUUUCAAUAAAAAGGAAAACGAGAGGUUAAUCCGAGUAAGCAAAUUAUGUGGUAAUACUUUUAGAAAAGCUUUCUUUGGUCGGAAGAAACUCUGUUUAGUGUUGGAUCUGGAUCACACCCUACUACAUUCUGUGAGAAUUAAAGAUGUUUCUGUUGAAGACCAAGAAUAUCUGAAUUUGAGAGUUUCAUCCAUGAAGGAUUUGGAUGGAAAUAAUUUGUACAGGCAGUUCGGUAGAUACACCAAACUCAGGCCACACACCAGGGAAUUUCUCACGGAAGCCAGCAAAUAUUUUGAACUUUUUAUAUACACCAUGGGAGGAAGAGAUUAUGCACGAGACAUGGGAACAUUACUUGAUCCUCAUGGGGUACUCUUUAAAAAAUCAAAUAUUGUUUCAAAAGAUGAUUCUACUAAGGAAAACAGAAAGAAUCUGGAUAUUUUGGCAGGCCCCAACGAGUUGAACACAAUCAUAGUUGAUGAUACAAAGCGAGUAUGGGAAAAGAAUAGAAGGAACUUGAUACAGAUUGAAAAGUAUAACUACUUGACUGAAGGAGACUAUCGAUUGAAGAAGGACGACGAACAAAGGUCUGACGAUGAAGAUGGAGCGCUAAAAUCCAUCACCGAAAUACUUCAAGGUGUUCACAAUAGGUUUUUUGAGCUUUUCCCGGUCCCUGUUGAGCUUCAAGAAUAUAUCAAGUCUGUUGAUAUAAGACCCGUACUUCAGGGGUUCUUGAAAUAA